AUGGAACCUCACAAGAAUUCCAUGAUUGUCAUUGUCAUCCCAUGGAUACUAAGCUUGAGGAUGAUUGGUAUCAAUGUGUACUACCUCUGUACUGCCUUCGUGGGUUGGUUAAUUCAUAACAAUCUACCAAAGGUGGCAAAUGUGUUCAUUGGGAUCAUAGUGUUUCCUCUAAUGGCAGUUUAUGCUGUCGCAAUAAUUUACCUAGCCUUCAGAAAAGACACUGUUCAGACGCAUAUUGAGACAAAGAACGAACCAGCAAUGCAAACCCACAUGGAAAGGGGGUUUACGGCUAAUGGUCAAUUAGAGUUGAGUCAAGUUACCUACAGAGAAGAUUUGGCUGAUAUCCCUCCUCCUCAAUAG